UUUUUUUCUUUUUUUUUUUUUGUACGGUUGACACGCGUGUGUGCGCGUGUACGUGAUUCUAUCUAGACAGCGUACGCGCAGUUUAAAAGUUGCACGAGUGCGAUAGGUUCUGCGUCGAGUGAUCGGAGAAGGAAGAAGCGCGGAAGCAGGAAGAAGGACGGAGAAAUAUUCGGCGGGGACGAGAGUAACGAUACGCGAGAUAUAUGUUCCAGGUAUACGCGCGUGAACGCGUAAACGUACGUGGUUCGAGUACCGCCGAGGAAAUACGAGAGAGGAUACGUUCGAACAAAGUCGAAGCCAGUUUGGCGAUCGAAAAUGGCGACCAAGAUUCGUGGUAGCUAUACGUGGUCGGCAGUAACGAAACCGUUGUUGGCGAUGUCGCGAGGUUCGUUCGACAAAAAUGAUAUCUUGGAAUUGGCGAAGAGCAUCGUUGUACGUUUCUAAAACUCAGAUAUCCGUGGUUUGCCAAGCGUGUAGAAUUUUGCUUCUCAGGCUGGCGGACAAGUUGUCUCGGCAUCGAGAACAAUUGGGAAAUGGAAGUUGCACCGUUUUCGCUGCGAGACAGCUGUUACUUCCGAUACUCGCUCUUUGUACGGGGCAAUCUUUGCUUUCGUCUACCGAGGAAGCGGCCCUCGUCGCUGCGAUAAAAAGUUCCAACGUACCGCACGACGUCCAGUCGCGGCUGUCCCCCGAAGCUGAGAAACCCGACACCACCGCUCGAUCCUGCAAGGAUUCCGAACGAAUACAGUGCGAUUUGUCCGGUAGCAUUUUGGAACAACUGACGAUGCCGUUGCAAAGUUCCACGAUGCCGCCGAUGCCCGUCGCCGAAUUGCCUUCCAACGAGGCUAAAACGACGAACGACGGCGUCGCGGCGAGUGAAAUUCGUUCGGACGUGAAGACGACGUUCGUUGCGAGCAACGUGAAUAUCCUGCGAAAUAUGGACGUGGGAGAUACGCUGUUGGACGUGUGCUUGAACCUUCCUCACUUGUCGUGCUACGCUCGCAAAUAUCAGGCGUACUUGCACAAAAAGAGUUUCGCUUUGCCCGUGAAUGCCUCCGACGCGCAUGCUAUACGUCACAAUUUACAUUCGGUGUCGAACGACGUUAACCUGGUUCGCAACGUGAUAUCCUUGCCUUUCUUGGAACCUCUAACUCCGGGCAAACUAGAGAAAUUAUCCUUGCUGACAAUGUCUUGUUUGUAUUGCUCGAUCGUGUACGCCACCGCGUCGAGUAUCGUUGGCAUAACGAACGCCGUGUCGCCGAAAUGCAGCACCAACGCCACCGCUAACGCCGCCACCGCCACCGCCACCGCCACCGCUAACGCCGCCACCACCACCUCUGCUGCCACGCAAACGAGCGCCUCGAGCGUUUCGAAAACCGCGGAAGAGGAAUACGACGCUCUGGCGAUUACCGUCGUUGAGAAAAGCCUGGAGAUAUUUGGUCUAGUUUCGAACGUGAUUAAAAACAGCACGCGAGCCGGAGGUCAUAUUCUUCAAAAUCACUUGUUGAUCGGAGUGUGGUUGUUGGUGGCUGGUUUGCAAGCUCAACUCACCGUCAGCGGUUUGAGCGCAGCGGACAAGGGGAAAGAAGAGAAGGGUAAAUCGCCCAGCAAAGCGCGCGACGGAACGAUUCGCGUCAACCUUACGAAAAUUCAACAAGGUUUUGGAGUACUCUCGGUUGCUUUGGCCUCUCACGCUCUCGCGUUGAUGAGCGCUCUGCUGGAGGAUGUUUCCGUCGAAGCGAUCGCCGAUUCCUCCGCUCCGCCGGAACCGGCUCCCUUGGACAUACUGUCGACCGCUACCGCGCUUCAGAGAGCCGUCACUUUUCUACAAGCUGUGCCGCUUAAUCACUUGUUGUUUUACUUGGCCACUAUCAGUUACAGAAGGAGGAGGACAGCGAGCCCAUCUUGGGUCUGUGGUUCGAGGAAACGAUCGCCCCGUCCGAUGGAUCGCCGGCGAACGGUGCCAAAGAAUCUAACAACGAAACCAACGCCGAACGAACUGUGACCACUGUCUACAUAUCGCUGGCCACUAAAAUUUUCCAAUUUAUGAACCAACAUUUGAUCGGCAACAGAAGUUUGUACGUUCGCGAGUACGUGAUGAGUGGUUUGGUCGAACAACAGAUGGUGAUAUUAGCGGCGAUAAUCAGAGAUUUAGACCAUGAAACGGCUAGGACGGAGACUGGUACUAUAUCGGUGUUCUACGGUGCGACGCUCGGCACCAUGUAUUCCGAAUUUUCUCAAGCUCUGAGCCUCUACACGCACAACCUGCUCGUUCAAAAUACGUUGAGCGAGAGUUUGCAAAACACCCUGCUCCAGCAUUUAGGCGUGAAUCCAUGGUCUGGAACGGAGAGUGCAGCUCCGUGUACGUGGCCUCUUCAAGUCUAUCCACGAACGUUGAGCGUGUUGGCACAGGUUCUGCUGUUGAAACCUCGAGCGGAGAAAGAAGCGGCUUGCAUAAGCAUAUGGCAUCGUUUGAUCACCACUAUAGUGGAGAACGUGUGCGAUCCGCCUUCCACGUUCGAGGCUGAGAACGAAGACUUGAACGUGGAACACGCCCAACUGGUCUUGAUCCUGUUUCACUCUCUCAAUUUCAUGCAAAAGAAGUCGGUGCUGCUUGUGACUGGCAGCGGCGCUGUACGUUGCAGCGAGGCGGUUAAAGCUCCGAUGAAAGACUCUCAGUUGCUGCAUCUGUCGCGACUGUUGUUGUUGCUCGAGUACAUGAUGAAACAUCUUUACGACGCCCCGCCCGCGUUGCUCGAACAAGUUCGAUGGAAUUUGUUUUCUGCGACGAGUUUGGUUUGCGACGGCAAAGAUGGCAACAAACAAACGGCUCGAAUCUUUACGCCAUGGACGGUGAUCGAAGACGAUUAUCGCAAAAUUGACAAUCGAGACGAAUUCUCGAUGAAACCUCGGUUUUACAAUCUCUCCACUACGGAUUUCAACAAUCAGGACACCCCCAAGUUGGACGGAGUGGCUUGCAAUUUCAUUCUCGGUGCGCCGGAUAAGAUGAAGUAUCCGCUCUUGGUCGAUGCGUUGAUAGACAUUUUGAACGUUUUGAAUCAAGCCGACGUGCAAAGGAGGAUUGGCGCUGACAACGGCAAAGACAAAACGACGCCCACUUUCGUAGGAUUGUGCGCGAUUCGUUAUUGUUUCUCCAUAUGUUGGCGAUUGUUGCUGAUGUUACCACCGUCCACUCUGUACAUGGAUAAAUUGGCCCUUGGCGAGGAAAUCCCUGCUGGGCCGAUGUUGCUGUACUCGUUGAUCUGGGGGCCGAGAGCCGCGUGCAAAACUUUCACCAGUUGGAUGAACGACUGUUUGAUCAGGCAAGGGAUGUACGCGCAGUAUGCGAGAAAUCUUUUGAAAACCGUCUCGUCUACCGUCAACUCUCUCAAAUACGACGUCACAGUUGCGAAGAACUGCAUCACGGCGUUGAAACCGGAGACCGAUUACUUUGACGACAAAGUAAUACCGAGUAGGAACGCGCUGCCCAAGCUCGGUUCGUUGUGCAUUUUGGCUGCAGUCGUUGCAAAAUUACAGAUUCUUUUCUACGAAAAUCUGUCCAAGAGUCAGAGCGAAACUAUCGAGAGUUCCAAGAGCGGCCAAAGCGCGGAAUCCGGAACUACGAGCGCCAACAAAAUGAUGAUCAAUAUCCUGCCGCACGUCCUUUCGUUGACCGAAUCGAUCUUAUUCUCGUAUCGGUCGAGCGUGUUGCGCGAGAUGCUCGAAUCUUUCGAGUUGGAUGGUAAAUACGGUUCCAGGGACUAUCGCGUACUCGACGAUAUCGUCGCAAUGGCAGGUGCGAAUUGGGCGACCGAAGCGUCGUUGAUCUCGUUUCUACCGAAUUCUGUGAAAUCUGUCAUAGACAAGUGGAAGAGCGUCAACGUUGUUCACAUUCCCUGGAACACUUACACGAACGACGUUAUACCGGCGGAGAGUUACAUCCUGGCCACCGUGUGUCAGCAUAUCAGUUCGCUCUCCGAAUACCCAACGUUCUCCGUCAAUCCGUCGUUGAAGAAAUUGUUGCACAAUUUAGUUACGUUCAUAGUGGAUCCUACGACGGCGCCGGAAAACACGGACGUUCACGAUCAAGCGCUGGAUAUUCUCGUUGCCUUGUCGAUGGACGCUCGCACGGAUUAUCUUCGAGAUAUGACUGACAAGGCUCUGACGAAACUGCUAGGUGACACCGACAGCGAAGCACGUCAGCUGCGAGAACAUUUGUUCGUGUUGCGUCGCACCUACAAUUUGAUAAUUGAGUAUACGAGCGACGUCCAAGAACCUGUCAGCGUUACCGUCGACGAAAAAAUCUUGAAACGAUCGAUCAAAUAUUGGGAACAACUGUUGGAGAAACCAGUCGGAUGCAAGGCGUUGGAUCUGUUUUUCGCACCGAGCGCCAAUCGAUCUCUCGUUUCUAUACUGUUGUGCGUAACGUCUUCGCGAUCGUCGCAACAAUUUGCCACCCAUGUGUUGAGAUUUUUCAACGUGUUGUUCAAAACCGACUGGUUGCCGUUGCUGGUACGACCGAAGAUGCCCAAAAGUCGGACGAGGUGGGCGCCGGCAACGCGCCGAACAACGAACAGGAUCGAUGGUUAAUUUCCUUGUCGAACGAUUCGGCUGGCAAUAAUCAGUCGACGAGUAUCACCGACGAUCAACAACAGCAGCAGCAGCAGCAGCAGCAGCAGCAACAACAGCAGCAACAACAACAACAACAGGAGCAGCAGCAACACUCGAUGCACGAAAAUAGUCGACUGUUGCGAGCGCUUACGAAUUACAUAGUUAAAGAGAAAAGCAGCGUCGAUCAAGGUGUGCCCGUUACGAUUCUUCGAGCCCUCGUACCGUUGGCUUAUCAGAUUCUUUCUCCGGCGAUCGAGGGCAACGGAUUCUCCGAUCUGAUGAACGUGAUGUCGACGUUGGCCGACGCUGGUUCCGAGAAAGGGCACACUCUGCUGUUCAAAGCCGGCGUCGAAUGGAUCGAACUUUGGUAA